AUGGCUACAUCGCAGAAGUCUGGGCCAGUGCAGACUUCCAUCUAUGUUUCUCAAACAGUUGUCUUUGGCAAGUAUGUUCCACAAUGGAACCUUGAGAGAAAAAAAAACUCUCAGAGAAAUCACGGAUCAUUUUCCAUGUCCAUGUAUACUAUUUCUGUCGAGCCAAUCGCCAAUCAACCGUUUGUGAAGAUGGUGAGCCGAUCUCGGUGGAUCCACGUGAUUCUCGACCGUGAACGCAGCAGCAGCAUCAUCACCACGCAUGCUCACUCACGAAAGCGCUCUGGUGAAUGGAAAUGGACGAUCGACAGCGGGGCAACAUCCAUGGCGACCGUCCACGGCCUGACCUGCGAAGCCCCGAGCAGCUCACCCAGAACGGGUUCGACCUCGAUGCUGAACAUGGAAGCCAGUGGUCGGGCGAUUAUUACGACCGCCGAGCGACACGAGCUCUUGGUCCCAAUGAUGCCCGACUCCCAAUUUCAGGUGGUCAUCUCCCUGAACAUCGCCCGCUGCUUUUCGCCCUUCUGGCUGCUGUCCAUCGUACAAUACCACCAGCGCGUCAAUGCACUCAAAGCCGAAGCGAGGGGCAUCGCUCUUGUAAUGUUUGACCACUCAGCCCUGCAAGUUAAGAGACGCCCAGUGCGGGAGAUUGGACCAGGGGGUCGCAUGACACCCGCCUGGUCCAUGUUCUGGCCCCGGCCAUCAACAUCGGACGGCGGCUCACGUCGAGACGAAGACGACUCUGAUGACGGCGAGGCAUUCCCACCGCAACGCGUCGACUGGGAGGCCAUGAGAGCUGGCGCCAACAUGGAGGAGUAUCUACGAAGCCAGCCCAUCCCGGAGUAUUCCGACGAGGAGGGCAUCAGCAUGCCACUCGAUGACCUUGGCGAGAUCUCUGGCACCGACACUAGUGUUGAAGAUGGAGAAAACGGCGACCAAGUCGGGGACCAACAAGAUGAGCCCGAGUUCGACCCCCUCGCUGUCGGUCUGAAGGAGAUUUCAAAUCUGGGGAAAUUCACCGUCAGCAGCCACAAGCAGGGGAACGGCGUCGACCAGCUUCGUGACGACAGCUUGAAAACCUAUUGGCAAUCCGAUGGUCCUCAGCCGCACAAGCUUACAGUCUACUUCAUCAAGCGAGUCGGCAUCAGGGACAUUCGCUUCUACGUAGACUACAAUGAAGAUGAAUCUUACACACCAACCAAGAUCAUCUUCAAGUCCGGUACCAGUGAGAACAAUCUCAUUCAAUUUGCCACAAUGGAGCUCUCGACACCCUCUGGCUGGCAGAUCGUUCCAGUCGACGGCGCUGGCGGCGGCCCCGACGGUAACACGCUAGUUUCCUACGUGUUCCAAAUGCAGAUACUUGAGAAUCAUCAGAACGGCAAGGAUACGCACCUUCGUUCUAUCAAGAUCUACGCUGCGGAUACGGACACCCCCAGCAUCGACGCGGACAUAUCAAACCGCCGAGCUGUGAGUGAGGAACCAGACGAGGAACCUGCAGACCCCUGGGAUCUCUCCGUUCUCGAAGCUGGCCUAUCUGGCGAGGGCGUUUGCGUGUUAUGGACUGCAUAUGACACUGCAACUGUUUUUUUUGCUCAUUUACGCGGCCAUGAAAGGACGGCAUACUGUAUUGACAACCCUACUGAGCGCGAGCGGCUGAGGUCUGGCCCUCAGUUGAUUGGUAACUUCCAUCGUGACCCCUGCUGGACCGGACGAAUUGUAUCCGACUCUGGUAAUAAGGCUUUCGAAACGAAAAUCCGCACGAUAUUGCGAGCUGAUGCUCAAAUCCGAGAGCCAGAGGCAUCAUCCGUUCCUAAAGAGAAGAGCACAAUGGAACGGAACAGCACGUAUCGAUAUCAAUCUCUGCCACCGAUUGCGGAAGAGGGUCGCACACCGUCCUUCACCCGACUCCUCUUCCUGUACCCAGGCUCGGGAGAGGACCCCUUUGAAGCGCAUCUAGAAAUUGUCGACAUCGAGCAUGCGCCUCCCUACGAGGCUUUGUCUUACACGUGGGGAAAACCGACGGAACAGCCGAGAGACUACAUCUGGAUGCAAGGCUGUCCUAUGCCUAUCAGGCCAAAUCUAGAAGAUGCUCUGCGCUCUCUACGUUUGCCGAACCAGGUGCGAAGGCUGUGGGUCGAUGCGCUCUGCAUCGAUCAGUCUGACCUGGACGAGCGUGCUCGGCAGGUCCAGUACAUGAGGCUGGUCUACAAACACGCUGCCCACGUUAUCGUAUGGCUCGGUCUCAAGACUUCCGGGACACAUGAAGCGUUCCAGGCCGCGGAACGGCUCGCAAGAAUCAGAGAACUUACUCAUCCAGCGGCUACUGGACCUAACGGUGGGCAAAUCGACCCCGGCACAGUCCAGGACCUGAUGAGCAGCAUGCUCGAAGACCUACCGGAGACAUGCAUGAUCCACCUGGACGAAGUCUUUGAACGCCAGUACUUCAGCCGUUGCUGGUGUGUGCAGGAGGUGGUGGCAUCUUCAAGGGCGAUUGCCAAGAUUGAGGACUUGGAGAUGUCGUUCUUCGACUUGAUCGCCUCAUUGAUUGUGCUCGCGGGUUGGAAAAGCGAGAUCCUCAUCGACCGACCCUACCAGUUAUGGAAUUUGAUCCUCAUGCGACGGCAACCCAACAGUUUCCUCGGCCAGCCCGAGGUCGAGGGCUCGAUUGGCUCGUUUCUCGCACUUCUGGAGCUGACGCGAACAUUGCAAGCGACGGAUGACCGAGACAAGGUGUUUUCCCUCCUCGGUAUCUGCGACGAGGGGCUGAACCCUGUGCUGGCGUUGACGCAGGUCUUUGACAACAAUGACAGUUGGCGCAUUCGGUUAAUUCGUCGAGGCUUGACACGGGUCAAUAAUUUCGUCAAUGGUCUUGCUCCGGAUCUCAACUUUGGUCGGCCGAGAGCUUUGCGACCAGAUUACAAAAGGGAGACCGUGCUGGUGUACUGCGAUCUUACGAGGUUCCUCUUGCGCAAACAGCCUCGGAUUCUCGACGUCCUUGACCACGUACAACAUAACGAGGACCCAGGCAUCGGUGACUAUCCGUCCUGGGUUCCAAAGUGGUUUGACCCAAGGACAUGCUCCGUCUUCAAGGGAGCCUAUCUCGCUGGCUUUUGCGAUGGGCAUUUCCGUUAUUUUGCCGAGCUUCACGAUAUUCCGGUCCACAACGAUCCCGUGCGGCCAAAGGUUCUGUCUAUAGAUGGGUAUCAUGUUGAUGUGGUAUCGAAAACGACCGAAACACUUGCGUUUGGAUUUGGGGCUCGUGCUACUGCGGAAGCUAUUGUGAGAGCUUGGGAGCAGCUUUUCGACAUACCGAUCGCCCCCAGAUGCGGAAGAAAGUAUCGCGAUAACAUUCUACUGGAUGUGGUAUUCUGUAAAGCCAUCUUGGCUGGUGCUCUGGGUUCCAUCAUUGGCUAUAGUCACCUCCUUACUAGGAAUCAGGGAGGAUUGAACCCGCUCUUCGACGAUCGUACCCAUAAACCUCACGCUGAGCUCGACCGAGAGGCUCAAGACUUGGCGGAGACAUUCCUUACCCAGAUGGCUGAGUUCGGUCUCCCGCCAACGGCGACGGAAUUCGGGAACCCGGAUCGAGAGGACAAGCUGCAGGUCUUUGGAGCAGGGGCGCGUACCUACUCGAAUAACCGAAAGGUAUUUGCGACCCGUGAUGGCCGUGUGGGCAUCGGGCCCAAGAUGAUGCAGCCUGGGGACGAGGUCGUCGUUCUUUUCGGGGGCCGGAUGCCCUUCAUUGCACGACAGAGGGGUGACCACCGACUGCUAGUUGGGAGCUGCUACUUGGUUGACGAAGAGCUGAUGUGGGGGAAGGUGACCGAGAAAGUGAGGUUUAAUCGUGGCGGUCCUCCGCGGGUGACAUUUGACAACAUUUCUUUCCUGCACACUGCAGGAAAUUGCUGUCGGAUGACUUUCCGAAUGCAAGCCUCCACAUCAUCUAAUAGCAAAGAUUGUCACCAAAAGCUCGAGUUCAGCAUGACAAUCACGAAGCACUCGAAAAUGAAGAUUCUCCUGAUCGGAAAAGGCGGUCGCGAACAUGCCCUUGCAUGGAAACUCACUCGAUCGCAAUCAGUAGAGCAUGUCUACGUUUUGCCAGGCAAUGCUGGCACCGGAACCUUGACGAAAGUCUCGAAUUGCCGCGGAAUAGCCGUUGACGACUAUGGUGGCCUCGUGGAGCUGUCAAAGAGGCUUGAAAUCGACCUUGUCAUCAUCGGCCCAGACGACGCUGUUGUUGGAGGCAUGGGAGAUCACUUUCGGAGCAAUGGAAUCCGUUGCUUUGCCCCAAGUAAGAGGGCGGCCAUCAUCGAAGGCUCCAAGGACUUUGCAAAGGACUUCAUGUGCAGACGCAAAAUUCCGACCGCGUGCUACGAAACCUUUGACAGGGCUGACUGCGACAAGGCCAAGGCGUAUGUACGAAGGUUGGGCCGUAGAGUGGUCAUCAAGGUGGACGGCCUUGCAGCAGGAAAGGGUGUCAUCCUUCCCGAGACGACCGUAGAGGCGGAGCAAGCCCUCGAGGACAUCAUGCUCAAGGACAAGUUCGGUGGUGCUGGCGAGAUGGUGAUUAUUGAGGAGUACCUCGAGGGUUACGAAAUUAGCGUCCUCACCUUCACUGAUGGAACAUCGAUUCUCUCUCUGCCGCCGGGCCAAGACCACAAGCGCGCUCUUGACGGCGAUAAGGGACUGAAUACUGGCGGCAUGGGCGUGUAUGCGCCUGUUCUUUCCGUGACUGAGGAGCAGAUGGCCGACAUUGAAGAAAAGAUCAUCUUGCCGACUAUUGUUGGCCUUGGGUUAGAAAGAAGACCUUUCAACGGCAUGCUCUUCACGGGGGUAAUGAUGACGUCCACAGGCCCCAAAGUGCUUGAGUACAACGCGCGUUUCGGCGACCCAGAGACGCAGAGCAUGGUGCUUCUCCUGCCAGACGAGGCUUUGCCAGAAAUCAUUCUCGCUUGUGUAGAGGACAGGCUGGGUGACAUCGAGCUGAAAACACUUGCAGGUUUUGCCUGCAAUAUCACUGUUGCGGCUAAGGGCUAUCCAGAAUCAUACAGGGAAGGGGAUCUUAUCCGAAUAGAACCUACCUCUGAAGGUGUACAUGUCUUCCACGCCGGAACUGAUCAGGUCGACGAUAAAUUAUUCACGGCAGGCGGUCGUGUCCUGUCCGUUGCCGCGACGGGUGAAACCCUCGAGGAAGCAGUAUCGGCUGCUUACAAGGGGGUUGAAAGUGUUCAUUUUGAGGGCAUGUUCUACCGCAAGGAUAUUGCGAUGCGCUCGCUGAAGCUCGCUCCGGGAAGGGCCGAGGAUGGUGAUAGGUCAACAAGUUGGGAUGACCUUUUGGCAUGGCUGAAGGCAGAUAACCAACCAUCCAACCUGACAUCGCCUAGCUCAAGCGUCGGGACAUUUUGCGAGGGCGGGGUGGUCUGGAAGGGCCGAAAACUCCAUGUUCUAGGCCCAGCUGACAUGACAAACGACCGUGAUGGCGGGAUGCAGGAGAUGCAGGAGAUGCAGGCAACCGAUGGACCCGAGUCUAGACCGUUGUGGUCAAUCAUGAACGUCUUUAUCGUUCCGGCAUCUCCCAAGACUGGGCAGGCGACCAUUCGGUCUCUCCUUGACCACCCUUCGCAGCCACACGUAACGGGUGUAUAUCGAGACCUGGGAAGGGUACCGGCUAAAUUUAAGGACCAUCCUCGAUUUAAGGCUAUCAAGGGCGACGUUGCCGAUGUUUCGAGUCUCAGAUUCGCCGGGGCUGACGCCAUCGUAUCCAUCACGCCUCCGCAGUACUCCGAGUCCAAGCCGAUAACUAGAGCACGGGAGAUGGCAGCAAAUGUCAAGUUUGCUAUCAGUAGGGUCGGGUGUUCGGUAAAGCGUCUGGUAUAUGUGUCUAGGAUAGGGGCUCAUUUGGAGCAUGGGACGGGCGAGAUAAGAACGAACUACGAGGCAGAGCAAGCACUCAUCGGUGCCGCACCCGAGGUGGUCUUUGUUCGAUGCGCCUACUUCAUGGAAAAUUGGGCGCAGUUCGCCCUAAAUGAGAAAGACACUUUCCUAAGAUUUGCAACCAAGGUCUCGGUGAAAGACGUUGGUCGGACAUGCGCCAGGGAAGCUCUCGCAAUAAGCUCGCCGAUGCGACAUAAUCCCUAUAUCUUCAACUUAUACGGGCCAGAAUCAUAUUCAACAAAGGACGUGCAUAGAGCGGUUGAAGAUCUAACAUUCAAGUAUAACAAGGUCAAGGUCACUCUGGUGGAAGAUGAGCAGCUGGAGGACUUUUUUGCUCAAUCAUAUCGGCCACCAACGGCUGAACUCUUCGUAGAGAUGACAAGGAGUCUCUUGCCCGGAGGGAUUGUAGCCGGGAAUAUGCGGGAGGGACAUUUGCUUCAGAGGGGGAGCGAGACUCUGCGCGAGGUGAUUGAAGACAUCCUCAAGGAAUAA